AUGGCUCAGGAAUUUGUGAAUAGCAAAAUCCACUCUGGCAAGGUGAGACUGUUCAUCAAGCCUACCUGCCCCUACUGCAGAAAGACCCAAGAAAUCCUCUGUGAAAUGCCCUUCAAACAAGGACUUCUGGAAUUUGUCAAUAUCUCAGCCAUCAGUGACACAAAUGCAAUACAAGAUUAUUUCCAACAGCUCACAGGAGCAAGAAUGGUACCUUGGGUCUUUUUCAGAAAACAUUAUACAGACAGAGGCUCUGAUCUAGUAACUAUGCAAGAGAAUUGGGAACUGGAGACCAGGCUAUGGCAAAUUGAAGCUCUAAAAUAA